AUGGCCCUGGUUUGCCCCCAAUGUCAUGCGGCCCGUGAGGGAACCUUUCUCGCAGAUGAAUAUAACAUCUUCAACUACAGGUUGACUCGCGCCAGACGCGUGAUUGAAAACGCCUUCGGCAUCAUGACGGCCCGGUUCCGGCUCCUCCGGAAGACGAUGCUGGCCACCAAACGGACCGCCAAGCUGAUCAUACAGGCGAUUGUAGUCCUCCAUAACUACUUGAUGGAGAGGGCUGCUGCUCACUAUGCCCCGCCGGACUUUGUGGACCGAGAAGAUUGGCGGGGCAAUGUGGUGCGGGGAGGUUGGCGGGCAGAGGCGCUGCAAGAUGGGCCUGAGCCCCUCGGCCCCCAAGACCCUGUGGGUGGAGCAGGCGACGGCCCCCUCGCUGAGGCUAUCAGGGAGGAGUUUGUCCAGUACUUCCUCACUGAGGGUGCUGUCCCCUGGCAGUGGCGGCACCUCCGUCGAAUCUAAAUUUCUCUCUGGUUGCUACAAUAAAAAAAUCUUGAAACCAAAUAACCCUUGAUUCAUUACGGGCCUCGACUGUAUCGUUUCCGGGCAAAGACUAGUCUUCAAGGGGGCGGCUUGCUAGAUGGCCUAGAGGGGUGGAGCAUGGGCGGCUGGCAGGUGCUGCCAGCGAGUCGCGGUGGGCGCAAGGCACUUUAACGAGGGCAACGAUCGUCCUGCGAAAUGCUUUGCAUGACCUUGCCAGUGCCGCGGCGCCAGCCGCCUGCCUCACCGUGGCCUCGAGAGGCACCGCCCUGCAUAGGAGGCAUCGGGAGCGGCGGGCCUCAGCGUGGCGUGGUGGUGCUACCACGAACCUGGUGUGCUUGUGCUGC